CUUUUCCCCCGGCGCCGCUCCGCGUCCGGGCUUCGCUUCCCUCGGCGGAAUCUCCCUCCUUUCCCCCCGCCGUUGUUCGAGCGCUCUCCGCAGGCUCCGAUCCUUCGGGAUCUGCAGUCCCCGUUCGCGUCCUCCGUGCAAUUCGCUUCUGGCCUCGCCCGGAAGGUGAGCCGUCUCCGGGGACCCCGCGCUUCUUCUCCCGGUCCCCGCGCUCGGCUCGCUUUCCCCGCGGGGUCGGUCAGCCCGUGUCUUGCUUCUUCGGCCCGGCGGGCAAAGGAGGGCGCGCCCCUGCCUGCCGCCCCUCGGUGCUUGCCAGCCGCCCGCCCGCUCGCCCGCCUUCCUCUGCAGCUCCAAUGAAACCCGGCGGGGGAGCCGAGGCGCCGGAGGGCGAAGGCGCGGAAGGGGAACGGGAGCCGCUGAACCCCGAGUCGUCUGAGCCGCUGGGCGUCUCCGCCACUUACCGGGAGUUCGUCCGGCGAAGUUACCUGGAGCUGAUGAGCGCCAACCAACACUCGCUGCACGCCUUGAAUUGGCGGCGGCUUUAUCUCAGCCGGGCCAAACUGAAAGCCUCCAGCCGCACUUCGGCUCUGCUCUCCGGCUUUGCCAUGGUAGCCAUGGUGGAGGUGCAACUGGAAGACUAUGACUACCCUUGGGAGCUCCUGGUCGCCUUCAGUGCCUGCACGACGGUACUGGUGGCCGUCCAUCUCUUUGCUCUUAUGGUCAGCACUUGCAUCUUGCCCAAUAUCGAAGCCGUCAGUAACAUCCACAACCUCAAUUCGGUCAACGAGUCUCCCCACGAACGAAUGCACCACUACAUUGAGCUGGCCUGGGGCUUCUCCACGGCCUUGGGGAUCUUCCUCUUCCUCACUGAAGUGGUGUUGAUUUGCUGGGUCAAGUUUAUGCCUGUCGGGAACAUGGGAACUAGCAGGAAGUGCUGCGCUCCGGAGAGGCUCCAUGAUGGCAAUGCCACCACCUCUACAGACAGCUCUGGCUGGAACGCUGCCAUGGCCUCCACGGUGAUUAUGGUUCCAGUUGGCGUCGUGUUCAUCAUUUUUGCUUUGCAUUUCUACCGUUCCUUGGUGGGGCACAAAACUGAUCGGCACCAGCAAGAGCUGGAAGAACUUAACCAGAUCAAAUAUCAGUUGGACGGAGAAGCCACAUCUCUGCAAGUGGUAUGAGUUGGCAGCCUCACUUGAACUGCAACUGACGUGAACUUUUAGAGAGAAAGGCCCCGCCGUCGGUUGUAUCCUGAUUUUGUCUCGAUGGAAAUACUGUUAAGUAACUGCCACAGUUGGAAUUUAACCCCAAAGCUGUGAUGUUGAUGUCACUCCACAGUCUCCCAAUAUCCCAAUAACAUUUGUUUGCAUUUCCUAGGAGACAAUUUUCAAGAUCAGAACUUGUUGAAAUGGGCUGCUCCUGAAAAGCAGGGAGUGAAAUCUAGGGAGCCUUCCCUGGGGAACUUCCCCAUUUGGUAGAUUUUUGAUCGUACAGUAAAAUGUUUACAGGAGGCAGUUGUUGCGGGGGAAGGGAAUGGACAGCUUUAGUCUCUCCAGGGAUGAGACUGUUGCUUUGUCCUGUAGGAUUUCAACUUUGUCUGCAGAACUGGAGAAGAUAAUCAAAAGGUCUUUGGUAUUUCUGACAUUUCAAAAUGGGUGGGUUUGAAAAGGUUAGUGCAGUCCAUUCAUUUGCUGUUUUGCUUCUCUUCUCAUCUUUGUACAUAUGGCAUGGUAGAGAUCACCAACCAAGAUUGGUUGGGCUAACUUUUGAACAAGUGUUUGAGCUGCUAGGUGCCAAGAAAGAGGCCUAACAUUGUGGCCUAAUUAGUCCUGACGUUCUCAAGCUGAUGUCCUCUUGAGUUUUCACUGUGCAGUUCCCCUUGCUGCUUGUUGGACAACCUGAAAAUAUCCCUAAUACCAAAUCUUUUCAUCAAUUUAACGGAGAGUCGCUGCAUCUCCAGAAAGCCUGGCCUUGGAUUCUCAAAGGGGGUAGGAAGUACUUGCAUCUUUGAUUCGGCAUUCUAAAUGCAAUUCUUCCUGUUGGUCCCUUCCCCUGCCCACCCUUCUUGGGAUGCCCUGAAUCCAACAUUCCCAGGCAGAGUGUUUGAUCCAGUACCGUGAUUGCGAACCUAUGGCACGCGUGCCGAAAGUGGCACACAGAGCCAUCUCUCCGAGUAUAUGAGCUGUCGCCUGUUGCUCUUUCGGUUUCCAGCGUGCCAGCCAGAUGGUUCUCACAUGUGCAGGAGCGCCAGAAACUGGAAAAGCAGCCGCCCAGUGUGCAUGCACACACCAGGAAGAUGAUCAUCUGGUUUCUGGUGUGCACAUGCGCACAGGCCAGCUGGACUUCACAUGCGCAUGUGUGCCAGAAACAGGAAGACCAGGUGGCUGGUGCACAUGCGUGCGUCAGAAACCAGAUCACCUUCCCAGUGCGUGGGCAGCUGCUCUUCCAGUUUCAGGCAUGCAUGCAUGCGCACUCCCAUUUCAGCACUUGGUGCCGAAAAGGUUUACCAACACUGAUCUAACACAUCUGGAAGGCGCUAGGAUAGAGGACACUCUGCUGAAGCCAAACUCUUGCAUGCAGGCUAUGCCAUUCCUCAAAUGCUUGUUUGCUUACCUCUAUGGAAACUUGGCAUCAGUUUUGGAUCAUUGUCAGAGUUGGGGUCAGUACAGAAAGUUGGACUUCUGACCCAGGAAUUCCUAGGACAUGCAUAUUAUCCCCAUAUAUGUGCUUUGCCUCCAGUCAUAAAUUGUCUGCCCCUCCCUAGGGAUCCUUAUUUAUAGAGACAAAGUCACACAGUAUCUUGGGGGGCAGGGGGGAGGGAGGUAGGACAGACUGCUUGGCUCCACUGGGAGAUGGCUUCAUUGCUUGGGGUAUUUUUCCAGAGGAGGAAGCAGACUAUUGGGGUGUGGUGGAAGUUAAAUAAAUCUAAGUCCAAUUUAGGAAUUUUGGGGGUUGGGGUGGAAUUUUGUUUGCCUCUUGCGUUUUAAGAACAGUCUCAGUCCUUGGUAGGAAGAGCCACUGAACGUUAAAACCAAUCUUCCCCCUCUUCAUCUUCCUCAACUUCCUGUCGUGCACAGAUGUGGACCAGAAUCUUAUCUCAUGGAUGAAGAUGCUGAGAGCGGCAGUUGUAGACAGGAAAUGCCACAUUCUAGAAGGCAGUGCCUGAAGUGAGAACAUUAGAGCAAGAUAUCACAGGCAGCUCUAUCAAAUAUAUCACAAGACAUACAUAUGGGUCUUUAUCCAAGUGAACGGUCACAGUGGAAGCAGGUUUCCUGCUGAACAGGAAGUGGAGCAGCUUAAGCCUUCAGUCUUCAGCUGUUCAUCUCUUCAGGAACGCUCAGAUGUUCUCCCUUAAGAGUUCUGCUUCCUCAAGAUUAGGAGCCACAUGGAUCCAUUGGUUAUUUUUUGGGGGAGCAAAGUAGUUAGAGAUAAUUUGGAAAGAUGGGAAAGAGAUUUUUGAAUGGAUAAAAAUAACCCGUCCUUUAUCAUGGAUUCUACAGCUGUUUUAUUGGAAAAGAAAAACACAUCUUCAAGAUGUACCGGUACAUGUAGGAAGAUGUGGGGGUGGGGGUGGGUGUCAAACCAGAAUUAGAUGUUCAGGAAGCCCAGUUGACAUUCCCAGGAGGUCAGUGUUUCUCAACCUCUGCAACUGUUAAGAUGCAUGGACUUCAACUCCCAGAAUUCCCCAGCCAGCAUGGGAGGGUGAAUUCUUCAAUUCUGGAGGUUGAAGUCCAUGCAUCUAAAAAGUUGCCAAGGUUGAAAAGCAAGAGUGCUAGAUCAUGCAAGCAGUAAUGAGAAGAAAAUGCAUGGAAGUUGGCUGGGGAUACUGCUAAAAAUAUUUGAAGCACAGUGGCUGCUAAAUGCUCAACACUUUGUUCUAUCAAGCAAUGCUUUACUUUCCGGUUAAAAAAUGAAUUUAGUCUUAAUGAGGCCAGCUCAAUUACUUGUACAUCUCAGAGCUUGGCUUUUAAAAGUAUUAGAGAAAAUAGUUUCGUUUACAUCAGCCGCCCUGAGUCUCUGGAGAAGGCGGCAUAUAAAUCGAACUAAUAAAUAAAUAAAUAAAUAAAUAAGCAAGCUUUGGCUAGCCUGGCUUCUUCUGAAUGCACUGGAACACAGCUUCCCUAACUCUUGAGUUGGAAUGAUCAUAACUUUUGUAGUCCAUUGCAUCUGAGUGGCAAAGGUGGUUUACAUCUUAAUCAUGCAGGGUUAGAGUUUUUACACUUGUGAAUGGUACACAAUUAAGAGCUUGGUACACGCUUUACCAUGUAUUCUCAUUUCUAUUAAUGAAGGACAGCGACUGCCAAUAGGGGCAUGUUUAUAUAUAUAUAUUUAAAAUAAAAUGUUUUUAAAGAAAAAAAAUUGAAGUUUGUCUAAGUCAAAUUAUUAAAAUAAUAGAC